AUGUUUUGUCCUUCAGGUACACCGCCUCAUCAUUUAGUGUUGAAAGUUGGAACGAUUGUCAUUCUUCUCAGGAAUUUGAACGUGUCGCUUGGAUUGUGUAAUGGAACACCUUUAAUUGUAACAGAGUUGCAAUUACAUUCGAUUGUUGCUAAAAAUAUACAAACUGGAAGGUUGGUUAUUAUACCAAAAAUAGUUUUUACUCCGAGUGAUAAAACUCUUUCAUUUCAUUUAAGACGUGUCCAGUUUCCAGUUAUACCCGCAUUUGCAAUGACAAUAAACAAGUCACAAGGCCAGUCUUUUAUGCAUGUGGGUAUCGACUUGACAUAUCAAGUAUUCUCUCGUGGUCAAUUGUAUGUGGCUCUCUCAAGGAGUAAGGAUAAAAAUAACAUUAAAAUUAAAAUGCCAGAAGAAAAAUGUAAAAAGGUUAAUUGUGUUUAA